AUGGGCGACAUAUCUAUGCCAAAGUCGAAUGUAGAGAUUGAGACGCUUUAUUUUGAUGGUUCGUCUCUGAGGACCUUCAAGCUCGAUAUCACCGUUAAAACAGGAGUUUAUGUUGGCUGGGUCAGUUAUGUGACCAUCUCCCUCUUCUAUGGCCACACCUUUAUUGGAGAGGCAAUUCUUGAAGACGAGCUUGUCAAUACCGAAAACUACAAGGGCGAACUCUACAUUGAACUCAAUGGGGCUGUAAUUCAGCAUAUGGGUGCGUUCAGGAGUUUUAUUCGCGACAUAAUGCCCAAGCCACAGCUUGAUGCAUGCCAAUCUGAUCACAACCCCACCGCCAGGUUGGAAAUUAUUGAGAAUGGCCAUAAACUCACAAUGGCCAUAGAUUUGCAUGGUAUUGGGAGCUUUAAAACGACAACACCUAUAAUUCAACUCAAUGGGAACUCAAUCGAUAUCACUUUCUCAAUGUCUAACACAACUACUGUGGCAAUCUACUUUGGACAAACUGCAUUUAGGCUUGAGAACGAUGAAUCUAUUCUCGCUAAUCUGUCCGGAGACUUUUGCAUUUAUGCAAGCGGAGAGGAAAGCAUGCAAUAUCAUUUGACAGGAGAAAUAUCUCAGGGAUGCGAGCUGUCCGGAAAAGCAACUUUGAAAGGAUGGGGCCUGAAGUCGUAUGAGAAAUCUUGGCGCACCCAUGCUAUCCGAGAAUUCCAAAUCGAAGUUGAUCUAGACCACAUGGUGAUUCGUCAGCCUGAGUGA